UCCAAUCCCUCUCAGCCAUAUUCUCUACCAUUUAUCAACAAAAGUACGAUGACAACUAUCCUGACUUUCUUUGGGCUGGUUUUGCUUAGUCUUAAAAUCACAGGGGUGCAAUCUAUAGGCGUUUGUUAUGGGCUAAAUGGCAACAAUCUACCAUCAAAACAGGACGUCAUAAAUCUCUACAAUAGAUAUGGCAUCCAAAGAAUGAGAAUUUAUGCCCCAGACCAUGAAGUUCUCAAUGCUCUAAGAGGAACCAAUAUAGAACUUCUAGUCGAUGUUGCCAACGAAGACAUUCAAUCCAUUGCGACCAAUCCUUCGGCAGCUGCAAAUUGGGUUCAAAACAACAUCAAAAAUUACUCACCAGCUGUGAAGUUCAGAUACAUAGCGGUUGGAAAUGAAGUAUCAUUAAGUUCUAGCAUCGCUCAAUAUGUCGGUCCAGCCAUGGAAAGGAUACAAAGUGCAUUAGCUUCGGCGGGGCUUCAGAACCAAAUCAAGGUUUCAACAUCAAUAGCUGGAAAUCUGUUAAGCGUUUCUUAUCCUCCCUCACAAGGAUCAUUUUCAAACGAGGCUAAACCAUUCAUUAAACCUAUAAUUAAUCUUCUAGUCCAAAAUAAUGCACCAUUGCUAGUCAAUGUGUAUCCCUACUUCAGCUAUAUCGGUGAUCCAGUCAACAUUCAUCUCGAUUAUGCAUUAUUCACCUCACAAAGAACUGUUGUUCAAGAUGGCUCGUUUGGAUAUCAAAACAUUUUUGAUGCAAUUUUGGAUGCUCAUUAUUCAGCUCUAGAUAAAGAAGGUGGUUCUAAUGUCAACAUUGUUGUGUCGGAAACUGGCUGGCCAUCGGAUGGGAAUCCUCCUGCUGCAUCAUCUGGAAAUGCAGGCACUUACUAUAGGAAUGUGAUUAGCCAUGUUAAGAGUGGACAAGGGACUCCAAGGAGGCCUGGAAGAGGUAUAGAAACUUAUCUGUUUGCCAUGUUUGAUGAAAACCAGAAGCCUGGAGCAGAGACAGAGAGACAUUUUGGCCUCUUUUUUCCAAAUCAACAGUCUAAGUAUGGAAUCAGUUUCAACUAAUUCAAGUAUCAAACAUAUACUAGAAUAAUUCUGAAACUAAAUCCAAGUUUCAAACAUGUACUAGAAUAAAUCGUUUGAAGAUCUUUUCCUAUAUUGGUCAUACAAAGUAUGUACUACUUCUUGAUGACGACAUUGAGAGGCAGUAAAAAAGUUCUAGCACAGCACAGACACGCUUUCCUAUUAUAAUGAGUAU